UUUGAUCUACCACCCCCCCCACAGGAGCAUCACCACCACACCCAAAAAACAUGGCCUAUUCCAGACCCCAAAAGACCCUAAUCCUUCUCCUAAUCCUAACCCUAAUCCUCUCGGCCUUCGGCGGCCGCAAGGGACCAAUCUAUGGCUUGCCGACGGCGUACCAAGUCCUCGAGGGGUUCGACUUCCCGCCGGGGAUCCUCCCGGCGGGCGUGACGAGCUACUUGCUGCGGCAGGACGGCUCGUUCGAGGUCUACCUUUCGGAGGACGACUGCGAGUUCAAAAUCGCGGGGCAGUACCAGCUGAAGUACCGGCAGAAGAUCACGGGGACGGUGCAGUCGGGCGCGAUCAAGAACCUGAACGGCGUCAGCGUGAAGGUGCUCUUCCUGUGGAUCGGAAUCAACGAGGUCGACCGGAGCGGCGACGAGCUCAGCUUCUACGUCGGGCCGCUCUCGGCCUCGUUCGGCGUCGCCAACUUCGAGGAGAGCCCCCGCUGCGACUGCGGCUUCGACUGCGCCACCGCCGCCACCGCCGCCGCCGCCGCCGCUUCUUAGUGGUUUUGAUUCUUCUUGUGUGUUUUGAUGGGUGGGGGAUUUGAAUUGGUUUUGUUUUAUGAUUUGUAGCAGUACAUGAUUUUUCAUGAUUAUUAUCACUUCGAAUUUGCAUGGA